GGUAGUGCACACUAGAGAGCUUGGUCUUGCACAGCUGAUUGAAAGGCAGAACAGAUUCUCUCUUUUCUGUUUGACAAUGUAAGGUAAUGAGUUUUGUUCAAUCACGACAAUGCAAAGUCACAGGUUCUUCACCUAAUUCUGGAAAGGAUCUGACAAAAGCAGCUGAGGCCAACAGAGAACUUUGAGAUAUUGGAUGGAGAAGAUGGAGAAGAGCACGACUCCAAACGUUCCAAAUCUCAAUGAGGAUGCGCUGGCGUGUCAGGUGCUGGAGAUCAUCGGUGGGAUCACGCUUCGGGCCCUCCAGAACCUCGAAGGGCCCGAGGAAAGAGACGUGUGGUCGAUGGAGGAGGGGGAUGACUCUGUGUUCUACAGUGAUGACGAUGCAGCUCAUCAGGACAUAAGAGACAACAAACCAUGUGAGUUUAAUGAGCACAGGAGGCUUGUUAACAGUGAGGCGGAUGAAACACUGGCCCCUCAGAGGGAAGACGAUCUGGGAGGAGGAGACGAGAUAACAGAAGAUGAUGCAGAUACUGAGGUGGAGAAGGAAACGACGCAUCAGGACAUUGUGAAUAACCAAGAGGAGGAACACAAGGCACCUCAGAUAGAUGUGACUGAGCCUGUGGAUCAUUUAGAAACUGCAAAUCCACAUGCAAACAUAGAGGGGACAGUGGAAACCUGUGACCUUAACAACACACCUGUGGACAUGAAGCCUGAACACAACAAACCUACAGAGAAAGCUGAAGUGAAAGAAUCAGUAGAAGCCCAAACUGCAAACCCUGAACGCUUUGAUGUAACUAAUGAGGAAAAGUUUACCGAGGAUGCAACGACGCCAAAACAGAUGUCUAGUGCUGAGCUCCACAUAUCAGAUGACAAGCAGCUUGAGGUGGAUUGGCAGCCAGAGCAGGGCUGCAGCUCCCACGCUCCCCGGGGGCUCAAUCACGACUCCGGUCCAGGCUGCUCCACCCUGCCUCCACGCAAGAAAGCCAGCCACCAGACAUCCUUCAACCACCUUGACUCGUCCAAGUACAGCACCGUGUCCUACCGCAAGAUCCGCAGAGGCAACACCCGCCAGAAGAUAGAGGUGUUUGAGUACAUGACGAUGAAUUUGUGAAAGGAUUGUUUGUGCUUUUUUUUGGUGUUAAAUUAUAACAGCUUCACAAACACAAAAAGAAAAAAGAAGUAAUAUAGGAAAUUGCUCAGAAUUCACAAAUCCUAACAUACCGUUGUGCUCAUAAGUUUACAUACCCUGACAGAAUGCACAUGGGACGUUCUUGGAUGUUCCAACAUGACAAUGACCCGAAACACAAGGACAAGCCGACCUGUCAUUGGCUACAGCAGAAAAAAGUGAAGAUGAAGGAGUGUUCAUCUCAGUCUGAUGACCGAAAUAUCAUUGAGCCACUUUGGGGAGG